AAAAAAAAAAUUCAAAUAUUUGGAAUGUGCUGCCAUCUCCAUUCCAAUGGUGAUAGUCAUUUAAAAUGUUCGUUGAAUUUUUUCCUCUCUGUUUUCAUUGUGAUGACUAAAGUUGUCAAGUUUAUUUUAACCGGCACAUUUUCGAUAUUUAUUCAUCAUAUCGAAUCAAAUUAAUCAUAUAAUAAUAAUAAUAUAUAACAUAUGAUAUUGAAUAAUGAAUCGUCACUUUAUUGUCGAAACUGGUGGACAUUCUUUUUUGCGCAAAUUACGAAAUUGUCUUCAAGGUUUAGAUGAAGAAAUUGAAAAAUUGGAAACAAUUACCAAAGAUGUAGAUGGCAAAAAUUUGCCACGAUCAUAUUUUCAACGAGAAACUUUACUUCUUAAUAAUGUCGAUAAAACACUGCUUGAAGCAGAAGACUUGCAUUCAGAAAUAAUUGAUGAAAAGAUUAAUCUUGAUUCUUAUGAAAAUCGGUUGCUCAAUCUUCGUGAACGCUUAUUAAGAUAUGAAGAGGAUAAAAAACUAUUAUCUCAAAAUUAUCAACCAUUUCGUCCCAAAGAUUCUAGAUUAGAAACUGAUGACGUAACAACUGAAGAAUUAACGGAUGAUCAAUCAAUUGAAUUAUCCGAAGUAAUUGAUAAUGAUUAUGAUCAAAUGACCAAAUGUUCUCAGAAACGAUUGAAUUUGGAUGAUAAAAUAGAUGGCAAAUCAAACAAUAAUUGUGAUAAUAUUAUUUCACAAAAUGACAGUUUGGAUGUCUCAGCCGAUAAUGAUUGCAGUUUUAAUAUUUUGUCAACAGCUCGAAAAGCAGCUGCCAUGUCUGCUCAAAAGCAAAAGCAACUGCAAAAUUCUGUUAAAAAAUCUGCUCGAAAAAAAUCUUCAAAAAUCGAUUGGGUCAAACGUGAUAAUCCAAUGGCAGCACGUGCUUUUGCCAUUUAUAAUCGUUGGGUGAAAACAGACCAUGAUGACAAUGAUUCCGAUCAAUCCAUUAUUAUUGAUCAAAAUUUGCAGUUUAAAGAGCCAAAGAAUGCAUCAUUCGAACGAAAAUAUUUAUCCAAACUAGAUGAUCAAAUUAAAUUGUCCGGCAACAAGAAUCGAAUGACUCCCAGAGUUGCCAAUAGUCGAAUGGUGGAAAAUUCUAAAAAUUUACAAGAAUAUGAAACGGUCGAAUUCACACCGGGCAUGACAACCAGAGUACGAAAAUCUACAGAAAAACGACAUACUUGAUUUUAAUUAUUUUUUCAAAGUUAUAAUUGAUGAAAUUCUUUUUAAUUAAACUAAUAAUAAAUCAA